UUUGCUCUCUCGCUCUUUUCCCCGUUUUCUCUAGAAAACAUGAAGGUGAUUGCUGCGUAUUUGCUGGCUCUUUUGGGAGGGAACACAAGCCCUUCAGCUGAAGAUAUCAAGAACAUCCUUGGCUCGGUUGGAGCCGAAGCUGAUGAUGAUACGAUAGAGCUUCUUCUGUCACUGGUCAAGGGCAAAGACAUUACAGAACUUAUUGCUACUGGGAGGGAGAAGUUGGCCGUUAUGUCUUCUGCUCAUGGUUUUGCAGUUGCAGCCACCGCUGCAGAUGGUGGUGCUGUUGCUGCCGCUGCGGAGCCAAAGAAAGAGCUGGAAAAGGUGGAGGAGAAAGAGGAAUCUGAUGAAGAAAUGUGCUUCAGUCUCUUUGAUUAA